GGCCUGUACUUCAACAGAAUCUGUGGAAAAUCCAGCAUUCUCUGUGAUAACUUCAGAGGGAGAAUCAAUACAGGUUCCAUCCUUCUCUAUUCCAAAUUUAGUAAGAGAAUCUUUCGAAUUUCCCAUUUUCUCUGGGUCAAGUUCAACAAGAGAAUCUGUAGUUCACCUUUCUUCUGAGUUAAGCUCAACAGGCAACAUAGUAAAAGAGAGUGCACAUUUGGCUACUUCAAAUGCACCUCAUAAAUCCAUAAAUGAUUUCAAUCCCUCCAUACCGACAGUAUUGAGCAAAUCCAUACAAUUUCCUUCUUUCACAGUUACAAGUUUGGUAAAAGAAUCAACUGAAGCCCCUACUUUAUCUACCAAACUCAAGGCAAGAAUUUAUACAAGGUUCAGCUCUCUCUAGUCCAGAUUCAUUUAAAGAAUUCUUUGAAUUUCCCAUGUUCUCUGGACCAAAUUCAACAAGGGACUCUACAGAAGUUUCCCUUUCCUCUAGCAUAAGUUCAGAGAACUCAAUUUCACCAAGACAAUCCAAACAAACUUCUGUUACUCCUAUCUUAAAGUCAAUGAGUAAAGCUAUUCAAUAUCCUUCUUUGUCAGGUACAAGGGUUAUGUUUGUAGCAAGUUCACAUAGAGAAUCAAUAAAAGCUCCAGAUUUCUCCAAAUCAAAAUCAUUACAAGAAUCAUCUGAUUUGUCCUUUAUUUCUGGGCCAAGGUCAACAAGAGAAUCCUCAGAAGUUCCCUUUCUUUCUAUUUCAACUUCUUUAAAAGAGACUACGAAAGGUCUUAUGUCAUCUGGCUUACAUUCUACAGACCAACAUGUAGAGAAUGAGAGUGUCCAGUCUUCAAUCCAAAGUUCACAAACAGAAUGCAAACAAGUUUCUCUUCAUUCUAGAAAAAUGUCACUGCGCAAAACUAUGCAAUAUCCUUCUUUUUCAGGCAUAAGGGUUUAUUUUGUGGCAAGCUCACCUAGAGGGUCCAUACAAGGUCCAGAUGUCUCUGAAUCAAAAGCACUGCAAGAAUCCUUGGACUUUUCUGUUAUUUCUGGGCCAAGUUCAACAAGAGAAUACUUAGAAUUGCCUCUUCUUUCCCCUUCAACUUCUUCACCAGGAGCUGAAGAAAGUUCUCCAUCAUCUAGCUUGAGGUCUCCAGAACAAAUCACAUGGGAAAAGAGUAUCCAGAAUGGCACCCAAAAUUCACCAGGACAAUCCAAACAAGCUUCUCCUCCUAACAGCCAUAGUUCACUAAACAAAGCUAUACAAUUUCCUUCUUUUUCAAGCCAAAAAGUUUUGUCUCUGGAAAGCUACCAGAGAGGGUCUAUACAGGGUCCAUAUUUCUCUGUAUCAAAAUCCUUUUCUAUUACCUCUGGGAAAUGUUCAACAAGGGAAUCCUUUGAAUUUCCUCUUCUUUCUUCAAAAAGUACUACUGCAGGUCUUCCAUUAUCUGGAUUAAAGUCACCAGUAGAAAUUAGAGAGACUGAAAGUAUCCAGUCCUCCCCUACAAGUUCAACAAUGGAAUCCAAUCAAGUUUCCCCUCCUCCUAGUUUUCUGAAACUGAGUAAAGCUAUACAAUUUCCUCCUUUCUCAAGCCAAACGAUAUUGUCUAUGGCAAACUCACAGAAAGAAUCCAUACAUGGUCCAGAUUUUUCUGAAUCAAUUUCACUGCAAGAGUUCUUGGACUUAUCUAUUAUUUCUAGUCCUAUAUCAACAAAAAAAUCCUUAGAAGUUCCACUGCCUUCUAUUUCAGUUUUUUCAAAAGACACCACGGAAGUCCCUCCAUCAACUGACUUCAGGUCUCCAGCAGAAUUGGCAGAGAAUGAGAGUGUCCUUUCUGCCAUACGAAGUUCACCAGUAGAAUCCAAACAAGCUUACACUCCUGACAGCCUUAUUUCACUAAAUAAAGCUGUACAAUUUCCUUCUUUUUCAAGCUCAAGUGUUUCAUCUGUGACAAACUCAUGGAGAGAGUCAAUAAAAGGUCUGGAUUUCUCUGAAUCAAAUUUAUUACAAGAAUCCUUGGAAUAUUCUGUUAUCUCUCAGCCAAGAUCAACCAGAGACUCCUUAGAAGUUUCUCUUCUUUCCCCUUCAACUUUUUUAACAGGAGAAGAUCUUCCAUCACCUGCCUUAUGGUCUCCAGUAGAACUGGCAGGGAAGGAGAAUGGCCAGUCUAUCACUCCCAGUUCACCUAAAGAGUCUGAAAAGAGUUUGCUUCCUUCGGCUCUUUUAUCACCAAAUACAUGCUUGCAAUUUCCUUCUUUUUCACCUCCAAGGGUUUUGUUAGUGACAAGUUCACACAGAGAGUCCGUACAAGGUCUGGAUUUCUCUGAACCAAACUCAUUGCAAGGAUCUUUUGGCUUUUCUGACACCUCUGGGCAAAGAUCAACAACUGAAUUCUUAGAAGAUCCUCUUCUUUCCACUUCAAUUUCUUCAAAGGGAGCUGCUGAGAGUCAUCUCCCAUCUGGCUUAAAGUCUCCAAUAGAAUUGGCAGGAGACAAGAGUGCUCAGUCUGUCAUUCCAAGUUCAUCAAGGGAAUCCAAAAAGGCUUCCCUUCCUGCUAGCCUAAUAUCACUGAGUAAAGGUAUACAAUUUCUUUCUUUCUCUGGCUCAAAUCUUUUGUCUGUGGCAAGUUCAAGGAGACAGUCAAUUCAAGGUCAAGAUUUCUCUGUCCCAAAUUCACUGCAAGAAUCCCUUGACUUUUUCAUUAUCUCUGGGCCAAGUUCCACAAGAGAAUCCUUAGAAGUUCCUCUUCUUUCCACAUUAACUUCUUCCAAAGGAACAAAAGAACGUCAGCAAUCACCUGGCUUACAGUCUCCAGUAGAAUUUGCAAAAGAUGAUGGUACUUGGUCAACCAGUCCCAGUUCACCAAAAGGAUCAGCACGACCUUCCCCUGCUGCCAGUCCUAGAUCAUUAAGUAAGACUUUUACAUAUCCUUAUUGCUCUGGACCAAGCAUAUCCCAACAUUUCAUGGAAGUUCCUGAUUUUUCUGUGCCAACUUCACAUAAAGAAUCAACACAGGCUCCUGCUUUAUCUAGCCCAAAUUCAAUAAGAGAAUUCUUUGAAUUUCCUACUAUCUCUAAGUCAAGUUCAGCAAGAGAAUCCUUUGAAGUUCCUUCUUUCUACACCUCCAGUUCUUCAGGAAUAUCUAUACAUGUUUCUACUUCUUCUGGCCUAAAAUCCCCCACAGAAUAUGCAGAGGGUGAGAGAACUCACUCUCCCCGCUCAGGUUCACCAAAAGAAUCCAGACAACCUUCUCGCCUUCCCAGUCCAACAGGGAGUAGAUCUAUGCAAUUUCCUUCCUUCUCAGGCCCAAGUAUAUCAAAACAAUCAAUGGAAGCUCAUGUUUCCUCGAUGUUAAGAUCACAGAAAGAAUCCAUACAAGACACAACUUCAUCAGCCCCAAAUUCACUGAGAGACACCUUUGAAUUUCCCAUUCUUUCAGGCCCAGGUUCAACAAGAGAAGCUUUAGAAGUUCAUUCCCACAAUUCUAUAUCAAAUUCAACAAAAGAAUCUUUACCAGUUAUUCCAAUUUCUGACUUGACAUCAGUAAAAGAACCUGAAGAGGACAAAAUUUCUGCUGCAGUCAGCCAGCAUUCAGUGAGUGAUGUCAUGGAAGCUCUAGCACUCAUGGGCCUAAGUUUCAGGACAGAAUUCAUGCAAGUUCAUCCUCCCUUGAUUCUCAGUCAUCCACAAGAAUUCCCUGAAGGUCUCCAUGUCCCCAGUAGAGGUUCCCAGAGACAAUUCAUUCAAGUCCCUACUUCUCCUACCCAAAGUUCACAGAAAGAGUACACGAAUCUCUCUCCAUCCAGCAUCUCCCAGAGAGAAUCAAUUCAUAAUUUUGCUUCUUCAAGUUCUCUGAGAAAGUCCACUAGUAUCAGCUCCCAGAGGGAAUUUGAUCACAUUUCUGAUUUGUCCAGCUCAAGUUCACAGACAGAGUCCAUGGAUCUCCCUCCCUUCAGCAUCAGCUCCCAGAGAGAACUGAAUCAAGCCCUUAUUUCUAACAUCCCAGCUUUGCUGAGGGAUUCUCUAGAUCUCCAUCCACCCAAUACCAGUUCCCAGAGAGAAUCAAUUGAAUGUCCUGAUUAUUCAAUUCAGAGUUCACAGAGAGAAUUCAUGGGUCUCCUUCCCUCUAACAGCAGCUCCCAGGGAGAAUCCAUCCAAGUUCCUGUUUCUUCCAGCCAAAGUUCACAAAGAGAACCACUAGAUGUUGCACUGUCCAGCAUCAGCUCACAAAGAGAACUAAUUCACGUUCUUCCUUAUAAAACACCAAGUCCACCAAGACAGUCUUUGAGUCUCCCUCCCUCCAGCAUCAGCUCUCAGAGAGAAUUCAUUCAAAUGCCUGUCUCUUACAGCAAGAGUUCACAAAGAGACUCUACGGGUCUCCCUCCCACCAUCAUGAGCACCCACAGAGAACUGAUUCAAGCUCCUGUCUUUGGCAGUCCAAGUUCACAGAGAGAAUAUAUGACUCUUCCAUUCUCCAGAAUCUGCUUCCAGAGAGAAUCAAUUCAAGUUCCAGAAUCUAACAGUUUAAGUUCACAGACAGAGUCUGUGGGUCUCCCUCCCUCCACCAUCAGCUUCCAGACAGAAUCCACUCAAGUUCUUGCUUCUUACAGUGAAAGUUCACAGACAGUCUCCAGGGAUCAUCCUCCCUCCACCAUCAGCUCACCGAGUGAAUUCAUUCAAGUUACUAAUUUUUUUAGCCCAGCUUCAAACAGAGAGGCUAUGGGUUUCCCUCUCUCCAGUAGCAGUUCCCAGAAAGAAUCUAUUCAAAUCUCUGCUUCUUGUGGCCCAAGUUCACAGGAAGAGUUAAUACAAGUUCUCCCAUCCUCCAGUCCAAUCUCCCAGAUAGACUCCAUGGAAGUUUUUACCUCAUUUGGUCUCGGUCCAUCAGAGGAUUUCAUGCAAAGUCCCCUUUCCUCUGCUCGAAGUUCACUAAAAGAUUUCAUAGAUGUUAUUCCUUUAUCUGGUCCAGAUUCAUCAGAAGAAUUUGUGGGCACUCCUCUUUCCCUUGGCCAAAGUUACCCGCAAAAUUUCAUUGACGAUGUUCCUUUGUCAGGUCCAGUUUCAUCAGAAGAAUUCACAGGUACUCCUGCUUCCUCUUCCCCAAGUACAACAAAAGAAUUCACAGAAAUUCUCCAUUUCUCAAAGGUUUUGCCAAAUGAAUCCACACACAAUUCUCUUUCCUCUGAGUCUAGUUCAAUGGGUGAAUUAACACAAGUUCCUGCUUCCUCUAGAGAACGUUCACUGAAAGAAUACUUUGAAAUUCUCCCUUUCCCAGGAUCAACUCCAUCAAGAAAAUCUAUCCAAACCCAUGCUCCAACUUCAAGUUUAUCAAACGAUUAUGUAGAUGAAUUCUUUGACAUUCAAGUCCCCUCUUGCUCUUCAUAUCAUCAGAGAGAACCUAUGCAAGUGCCCUUUUCCCCUUGUCCAAGUUCAGUGGACAAAUUUCUUCAACCAUCUUCAGACCCCAAAAAAGAAAAACCUGUCAAACUUACAAAGCCUUCCAAAGAAGAAAAAGAACCCAUGCAGAUCCCAUAAUGUUAAUGGAAAGAAACUCAGUUAAACACUAAUGUUUCCAAGUCCCCUCCAUCCACUCACACCAAUGUAUUCAAGUCCACUAAGCCAUAUAUGGUACUAUACUAGGACUCUUAAGACUUGAAUUGAAAGCAAAACAAUCAACAGCUUUGGUCCUCAAUGAAUUCAAAUAAAACUAAGUAAAAUU